UUUGGCUUAGGUGGUAAAAGAGAAGUAAAGAUCCCUGCCAAAACUGAUGGUCCAUGGGGCAAGUGAAGUAGAGUUCGCCAGUUUCUGUGUCCUCGACAUAUAAUGGGACAGUGUGGUCAGCACAAUCUGAUGAAAAGAGGAAUGAACACACACGGUGGCAGAAGAAACAAUCGCAAAACUAGCAAGAGUCGCAGAGGUCGGCGGUCAGGCGUCCAUUUCGACAGCUCACGACCGGAAGAGGACAAUAAUUUGUUGGUGGACUGUGCGGAAAACUUCACAAGUUCAGAAUUUGAUCAGAACUGCCCGGCUAAAGACGGGGAGGAUGCUAGCCAAAUGCUAUCGCACUACACGCCAUUUUCUUCGCCUCUCUGCCGGACGACUGAAAACAACUCGAACACUACGACAUCCGACCCGCUAACGCCGCUAUGCUUGAACGAGACAGUCUCCAACACUGCAGGCCCACAUUUGAAGAAUCGUGUUGGUGAGAAUGAUGGCAUGAUGGAAUUCACAAUGGAAGCCCAGCCUCCCCUGGUUUGCCAUGGCAACAACCAGGACGAGAUGUACAAGUAUUUGGACUCCUUAUGUCAACGUUCACAGUAUCACAUCAACGAGAGAUUUGAAUCGAUGAAGAAAUCCAUAAACGAGCGCCUGGAGGGCCUGCAAGAUCUCAUUGAAAGGCGCUUUAGCAGGAUAUUCGACUUGAUUAAAAAAAACGGCUUGUCAGCGCCAGCUAAUGUCAUUCAACUGAACACCACACAAAGUAAAGGCGAUUACCAGGUGUUUGGUCAUCCUUUAGAUGUUUCAAAGUACAGAAAAGCUAAACUUAAGGGGGAAAAGGAAUGCCUGAAUUCACCCGACAUGUCUGGGGCCAGUUGCAGUACGUUCCCAACCAUACAGUUCAAUGAGGUCCAGUCAGACAGCCGCAGCUACCGUAGGAGGCAAGCGUCUGGGGACACUUGCUGCAACCUGUGCCUGUCUUCAAGUCGCAGACAUCGCCAUUCGACGCCAGCGAGGCGUGUGACGAAAAACAAAGUUGGAACACUGUUAGCUCGACGUCCACGCCGGAAUAACUCCAAUAACUCCACGAUGGCAGUUAAGAAAAAACGGCCCAAAAACAUCAGGGUUCAAGUUAGGUCAAGUGCUCGUCAAACUAAACGCACGGUGUUCAGAUCGCCUAAACUGGCUAAACGAUCCAAGAAAAUCACCUCCGUGUAUCGAAGAAACAAGAGCGCGCUAGGAAAACAGUCGCGCUUAGCGGCAAGGAAUAAAACGAGUAACAAAUAUGGGAAAACCCGUUCCACCGGUUCAUCAGCCAAGGGUAGCUCCCAGCGAGGCAAGGCUAAACGGAAGACCAAUGCGCCCAAACGCAGGAUCACAAAGUUUGUGGUUACACCACUUGGUCACAAGGCGACGUACGACAACCUGCUGGCUCAACACGAGCGACUCAAGCGCUUACGUUUUCAACACUCUCACAGUCGGAAUGUUGGCGAGUUCGAUAAAUUAGUCGUCGACGCUUUUAGGAGAGUCAUCUCUGAGUUUCUCAGAAACAAGAUUCAAAAGUUGGAAACUAUUAUCCUCAGAGCUCAAAUCAGAAGUCGAAAGAAGCACAACAGGAAGUGGCUGUCGCCGGCUAGGCAGCAUCGAGGUUGUGGAGACAGACAGACUAGAGUCAAUAUUACCAAAUCUAACGCUGCUGAGUCCUUGCAAGGCAACUGUGUAGGUAAACACAACCCCAUGAUGGCACAUUAUGAGUACCUCAACCAAUCACAUGUACCAUGUCGGCAGUACACAGCUCAGCCAAUCCCUGACAGAGAUGAAGACGAGGCUGAUACGCGUGUGGCGAGGACGUCCCCGCAAAGAUCGACUCACCCAAGACGCGUGGACUCGCUCUGUUUAAUACGAAAGCAACUCUUACGUCAUCAGGACAAAACCACGAACGCCACACUUGACAUACCGGAAUGUCUGCCGUGUUUGUUCCCGGCCGUUGGCGACUACCACAGUAUGAUCAACAAAACCAAAUUCUCCGGUGGUUUGUCUAACGCUAGGGAUCCCUGCUCUAUCCGUUCGUCAGAAUCUCACACCGACAUGCGUAAUCUCCCCCCGUAUAUUUCCGUCAGUAGUUCCUCCAGCAGUGAGUACUUCUCGUGUGAAGAAGAUGUGAGCAGAGUCGACUGUACCAGCCGUGGUGAUGUGGAGUCCAGCGGUCACCUAACCAUGGAGAGUGGCCAGGUGCUCGGACCAGAAACUGUUGAGUGUAACACGGUACAGGGAAGCUCAGGGGCGACAGACGACCGGGCUAGUGAAACACAUUCCACAGUGGGCGAUAGCACCGCUGAAGCCUUAAACAACGAGGAUAAUGUUGUUAUUCAUCUUUCAACGGACAGUAAGAAAAGUAUCGCACUAAUCAAUGUCUCAAACCAAAAGCUUAAUACCUUUCCUCAGCCAUCGAUAAAUCUUAAUUCACAAAAGCGUGAGAUAGAGCCGCCUGGUGUUGCACCAAACCAAGGGAUAGACCGGACAGCACUCGGUAUGAUGACAUCGUUUUGGCCGAGGGCUGUCAGGCUUAAAAUUUUUUCAAAACAACGGGGAGGAAAAGUCAACCUGAUGACCAAGAUGACCCCUGCAGUCUCUAUAAAAAAACAACAACAUAGAAGCGAUCAGCGGACAAAUACGAAAAAAGUUUGUCAUAACACAAGACAAAUAUCCUCUAGUCUGGCGUUUCAAAGGACUAGGCCUCGUUUAAAAAUACCCAGGCUGAAUUUAUCCCCUUCUCAUCAGGUUUAAAAUUGUACACAUUGUCAGCAAAGAAUCAAGAGGAAGCGCCAAGCGCAAAUACAAUAUGAUGCAUCGUAUACAAAAGCACAUGCACAUAAAAAAACCAAUAAAAUAUCCAAGAAAAC